AUGAGCGGCGGGGCGCGGCCGGGACGGCGGCAGAGCUCGGGCCGCAGCCCCCCGGCCAUGAGCGGCACCCCCGGGGCAGCCCCGCAGCCCCGGGCCGGCCCGUCCCGGCCCCGCGCCUCCUUCCUCAUCCAGGACAUCCUCUGGGACGAGCCCGAGCGAGCCGGGAGCGGCGGGGAUGCGGGGCUGGGGGCGGGCAGCGAGGAGAGCAGCGGGGCCAGCCCAGCCCCGGGACUGCCCCCCGGGGGAACCGAUCCCCCGGGAGCCGCGGGGACAGCCCGGGGACCCGACACAGAGGCGCCGGUGGAGCCGUUCCUGCCCGACUGCAGCCCUGCCGUGCACCCCAUGGCCCCGCGGCCUCCCAGGCAGGGCAAACGCUCCCGAGCCGCCUUUUCCCACAGCCAGGUGAUCGAACUGGAGCGGAAAUUCAGCCACCAGAAGUACCUGUCGGCCCCCGAGAGAGCUCACCUGGCGCGGCACCUGCAGCUCACCGAGACCCAGGUGAAGAUCUGGUUCCAGAACAGGAGGUACAAGACCAAGAGGAAACAGGUGGUGGCCGGGAUGAGCCGCUUGGACUCGCGCCAGGAAGCGCCAGAAUUCCCGGGAAUGUCGCUGCUGGCGCUCCGGGGCGCCUGGCCCUACCUGCCCUGCCUCUACUACGUCAAUUCCUGGAGCCCCUCCUGGUAGAAAUGGCUUUUUUUUAGGUGGUUUUUCAUAAAUCCAGAAGGGAGGCGUUUCCUUAAAUCCAGUGGCAGCGUUUCGUAGUGGCGGCGUGAAAUUGUCUCAUCACUAACACUGAAAUAACUGAAAAAGAGCCCAAAACUUUAAUUGCAGUGCUCUGGGAAUUCCCAGGGAAUCCAUGGCUGCCCCAUCCCUGGAAGUGCCCAGAUCCAGGCUGGAGCUGAGGGCACCUAACCCUACCUACCCUGCCUCUACUACGUCAAUUCCUGGAGCCACUUCUGGUAGAAAUGGGUUUUUUUAAGUGGAAAAGGUCUGAUUUUUCCUUAAAUCCAGAAGGAUGGAACGUUUUUUAGGUGGUUUUUCCAUAAAUCCAGAGGGGAGGGAUUGCAGUGGCAGCAUUUCGUAGUGGCAGUGCGAAAUUGUCUCAUCACUAACACUGAAAUAACUGAAAAGAGCCCAGAAUUUUAAUUGCAAUGCUCUGGGAAUUCCCAGGGCAGCCCAUCCCUGGAAGUGCCCAAAUCCAGGCUGGAGCUGGGGGCACCUGACCCUACCUGCUCUGACUGUACUACAUCUAUUCCUGGAACCACUUCUGGUAGAAAUGGCUUUUUUUAGGUGGAAAAGGUCUGGUUUUUCCAUAAAUCCAGAGGGGAGGGAUUGCAGUGGCAGCGUUUCGUAGUGGCAGCAUGAAAUUGUCUCAUCACUAACACUGAAAUAACUGAAAAGAGCCCAAAACUUUAAUUGCAGUGCUCUGGGAAUUCCCAGGGCAGAUCAUCCCUGGAAGUGCCCAAAUCCAGGCUGGAGCUGAGGGCACCUGGCCUUACCUGCCCUGGGGAGCUCCUGGAGCCCCUCUUGAUAUAAACUGCUUUUUUUGGAGGAAAAUAUUGGUCUUUCCCAAAGUUUGGGGUGGUUUAACUCUGUGUUGCUCUUCCUAGAGCACAUUGGGGUGGGAUUUCAGUGGCAGCACAAACCUCUCUGGCCACUAACACUGAAAUAACCAAAACCAGCCCAAAUUUUAAAUAACAAUUAAUUCAGUGUUUGAUUGCAAUGCUCUGGGAAUUCCCAGGGAAUCCAUGGAUGUCCCACCUGGCCUCACCUGCCCUGGGGAAUUCCUGGAGUCCCUCCUGGUUUCUUGGGAGGAAAAUAUCCAUUUUUUUCCUUAAAUUCGGAGCAGAGGCAUUGGCAGUAGUGGCAGCUCAAAGUUCACUCCUCAUUAACACUGAAAUAACCAAAGAAACAGUCCAAAAUUUUAAUAACAAUUAAUUCAGUGUUUGAUUGCAAUGCUCUGGGAAUUCCCAGGGAAUCGUGGCUGUCCCAUCCCUGGAAGUUCCCAAAGCUGGCCUGGAUGUGGCUUAGAGCCCCUCCUGGUAGAAACUGCAUUUUUAGGUGCAAAAUGUAAUGUUUUCCCUAAGUUUGGUGUGGUUUAACUCUGUGUUGCUCUUCCCAGAGCAGAUUGGGUUGGGAUUUUUAGUGGCAGCACAAAUCCCUCUGAUGACUAACACUGAAAUAACCAAAGAAAAACCAAACCAAAAUUUAAAUAUCAGUUAAUUCAGAUUUUUAUUGCAACGCUCUGGGAAUUGCCAGGGAAUCCAUGGCUGCCCCAUCCCUGGAAGUGCCCAGAUCCAGGCUGGAUGAGGCUGGAGCUGAGGGCACCCGGCCUUACCUGCCCUGACUCUACUACGGGAAUUCCUGGAGCCCCUCCUGGGAGAAAGUGCAUUUUUAGGUGGAAAAUAUCAUUUUUCACUUAAGUUUGGUGUGGUUUAACUCUGUGUUGCUCUUCCUAGAGCAGAUUGGGGUGGGAUUUCAGUGGCAGCACAAAUCCCUCUGGCCACUAACACUGAAAUAACCAAAGAAAACCCAAACCAAAACUUAAAUAUCAGUUAAUUCAGAUUUUUAUUGCAACGCUCUGGGAAUUGCCAGGGAAUCCGUGGCUCCCCAUCCCUGGAGGUGCCCAGGUCCCGUCCCCAGCCGGAGGUGGCCGGGUGCCACCCCGGGAGGGACAAUGGGGCAGUGACAGACGAGCUUUGCAUAUCCGGGUGUUGGCCCUGCCGGCGUUCCCGGCUGGCAGAGCAGCAAAUCCCCACGGCAGGCGGAAUUCGGGGCUGGCAGUUGUGUUUUUCCAACCUGGGUCACCCCAGGAUUCCAUGGAUCAGCACAAUUCCCAGCGCUGGGGCAGCAGAGCAGCCACAGGAUGAUCCCGACAAGUCAUUUUUAGGGGAAAAUUUCCCACUUGCACUUACAGAAUAGCAAAAUUUUCAUUUUUUAAAAACUAAUUACACCUUGAGUUUCCAAUUCCAUGGGGAAAGUGUGAGAAUAAAGGAGAUUUCCUUCAUUAUUUCCUUUUUUAGAUGGAAUAUUUCCUUAAAUAUUUCCUGAACACUUCCUUAAAUUAAUUUUAAUGGAUUUUUCUCAGCUGGAAAUGCAUUUUCUCAGCUGGCGUAACUCAGCAAAGCUCUGCUGGAGCAGAUUUAAUCUCCUGGCAUUAAAUUCCACUGAGGUUUCUUCCCUGGGAAGCUCCAGGAAUGUUCCUGUGAUUCCUGCUCUUCCCGUGAAAAUGAAAAUUCCCAUGAAAUUCCCUCCUGGAGCAGGGAAACACAGCUAACAAAGAACCAGAAGGAACUGAAGAAAUUCCACUGGAUUUUCCCCUUUUCCACAAGAUUUUCCCCUUUUCCACAGGAUUUUCCCCUUUUCCACAGGAUUUUUUGGGAUUUCUCUUCUGUCUGGUGAAUCCUCUGAGCUGCCAGGCAGAGGAGGCAAAAAUUCCAGGGCAGAAUUGUAGGGAAGGGAGGGCAGGGAGGGGGGGACAGCCAAGCUCAGGAGUUGGGAAUUUUUCUCUCGCUAUCAGAACCUCUGUGCCUUGGAGGCCGAGCCGUGCCUUUGGAUUGUCUCUUUCAGGAAAGUAACUUUUUAGAAAAGUAACUUUUCAGAAAAGUAACUUUUCCUAUCUCCUGCUCCAUUUUUCUCCGACACCCCCCGAGGAUCCUGGAUUCCAGAGGGAAGGACAUCUCCUCUCGCUGUUGCAAAAUGUUCCCAUCCCUGCUCUUAUCCACUGGCAACAACAAAAAUCCCUUUAUUGACCUCCAAAAAAAUCCCUUUAUGACCCCCCCGAGGGCACCUCCUGCCCAAAUCCCACAGGUUUCACUCCCAGAGCCUCGGGGCGCUGCUGGAAUCCGGGCAUGGACACCCAGGUUAAGCUAAAACCAGCUCAGACAUUGAGUUUUAACUAAGACCAGCUCGGACGUCGAGUUUAAGCUAAAACCAACUUGGACAGGCACAGCUUAAACUAAAACCAGCUCGGACACUGAGUUUAAGCUAAAACCAGCUCGGAGCAUCCCACACUGCACGGGCUGGGAAUGUUCCACUGGGAAGGACUGGGCUGGGAAAAGGGGAUUAAACUGGGAAUGAGAUCUGAGCUGGAAAUGAGAUCUAAACUGGAAAUGGAAAUUAAAUCUAAACUGGGAAGGAGAUCUAAACUGGAAAGGAGAUUUGAGCUGGAAAUGAGAUCUGAGCUGGAAAUGAGAUCUCAGCUGGAAUUGAGAUCUCAGUUGGAAGUAAAUCUAAACUGGAAUAUAAAUCUAAACUGGAAAUUAAAUCUAAACUAGAAAUUAAAUCUAAACUAGAUAUGAGAUCUGAACUGGAAAUGAGAUCCGAAAAAAAAAGUUAGAUCUAAACUGAAAAUAAAAUCUAAACUGAAAUUGAGAUCUAAACUGAAAUUGAGAUCUAACCUGGAAAUGGUGAAUAAAUCUAAAUUGAAAAUUAAAUCUAAACGAGAAAUGAGAUCUGAACUGAAAGUUAGAACUAAACUGAAAAUGAGAUCUAAGUUGGAAAUGAGAUCUAAAAUAAAAAUUAAAUCUAAACUGAAAAAAAUCUAAGCUGAAAAUAAAAUCUAAACUGAAAUUGAGAUCUAAAUUGCAAAUGAGAUCUAAACUGAACUUGAGAUCUAAACUGAAAUUGAGAUCUGAACUAAAACUGAAAUCUAAACUGAAAAUAAAAUCUAAACUGAAAAUGAAAUCUAAACUCAAAAUGAGACCUAAACUAAAAAUUAGAUCAAAACUGAAACUGAGCUCUGAACUGAAACUGAGCUCUGAACUGAAUUUCUUGGGAGUUUCUUUGGGGAAUGUCGCUGUCACAGCUGAUGUUUUUUCCUGCUCGGGGUUUCCAAGCCCAAAUCUCCUCGUGGUGCUCCCGAUCCCAAGAGCUCUCCCCAAACCCCCCAGUUCUGGUUUUGUCCCCGGUUUUGGCCCCGUUCCCUCUGCUCUGGGAUCCUCUGGAAUAAAACUGCAGGACCUGUGCCAAGAA